GCGGGGCCCGGCGUUGGCUGCGGGUCACCGAAGUCCAGGCCCCGACUGUGGCACGGUGGCCAGCGCAGAGCGGCCUGGUCGGGCGUUGGAGUCCCGCCUGCGCGGGCCGGAGCCGCCGAGCUUCAGGCCGGGCCUCGCGCGUGAGCGUUGACCGGCCUGGACGGCGAGGCCUCCUCCCGGCCUGCGGGUCGCCUUGCACUCUAUGUGGGUGGGGACUUUGUGCAACAGAACGGAGGCUGGGCCCGGGCCGCUGGCGGGGUAGGAGGCGCACCGGCCCGCUGCUCCGCGCUGGUCCUGGCGGCGACGAUGGACGCCGUAGAGGAAGAGAGCUUCGCACUGUCCUUCUCCUCCGCCUCAGAUGCAGAAUUUGAUGCCGUGGUUGGAUAUUUAGAGGACAUUAUCAUGGAUGAUGAGUUCCAGUUAUUACAGAGAAAUUUCAUGGACAAGUACUACCAAGAGUUUGAAGACACAGAAGAGAAUAAACUUACCUACACACCUAUUUUUAAUGAAUAUAUUUCUUUGGUAGAAAAGUAUAUUGAAGAGCAGCUGCUGGAGCGGAUUCCUGGAUUCAACAUGGCAGCUUUCACGACGACAUUACAGCACCAUAAGGACGAAGUGGCCGGCGACAUAUUCGACAUGUUGCUCACGUUCACAGACUUUCUGGCCUUUAAAGAAAUGUUUCUGGACUACAGAGCAGAAAAAGAAGGCCGGGGACUGGACUUAAGCAGUGGUUUAGUGGUGACUUCGUUGUGCAAAUCAUCUUCUAUGCCAGCUUCCCAGAACAACCUGCGGCACUAGAGUCCACCUGCAGGCAGGAACGCAGUCAUUCUGGAACUCCUCGGCCCCGUAGACGCAGAGGCUUAGCUGUGAAUGACAGAAUGCAUCUCGGAAGGACUGACCCUGUUCUGCAGCUCUUCACUCACGUUAAGUAUUGUGGGGUCAAAAACAAAAUGACCCGACCGUCUUGGACUUGCCUCUCCUCAAACACCUUCUUGUAGUCAGUAACCCUAGAACUUCUCCCUGCUCCAGUAGACUGCCCCAGGUGCUUCAGGAGCAAACCUCCAUCGAGCAUUCCCCCCAGCAUGCCCCAUCCUAGCAUACGUGCUGGUGUGUCAGCACUGUGGGAUAGCUCGCCAUCACGAACCCUUUGUUCCUGCAAACUUGGCAUGAAUCUUUUGUGUCCUCACAGUCCUCUUUCACAUGGGUCAGUUUCAGUCGUUGGGUUCAAUAGGGUUUUUGUUUGGGAGUAUUUAUUACCCCAAAGGGGUAAUAAGGGGUCACUCGAGCCUGCUGCCCUUCUUGAGAUUUCUGAGUCUCUUAGGAUCACAACUAGUCUUGGCCAUAGGAAUUAACUGAGAGAAGUCCUUUACCUACAGGCUCCAUGUGAAAAUCUACUCCAAGUCUUAUAUCCGCACUUCCUGUAUCUCUGUCUGCUGCUGGUCCUCACAUAUAGUUUACUGUUUCUAGAAGUCUCGUAAGCAUUAUUUUUGAAAAGAUAUUUUUAUAGAUGUAUACUCAGGCUAACCUAGUGGAUAUGAUCUUGGAACAUCCAUGAUCAGCCACUUAAAGAUCAAAGUAUUAUAUGCUGUGUGCUUUUUAGUUGUUAGUGCUGUGAAGGCAAAAAUGCUUUCUUUCUGCAUUGGGUGUUCUGAUUUUAUUGGGCACCAACGAAUGUUUGCUGUGUGCUGGAAAUCAACCACAAGGAAUCCUGUUCUUACAGCAUGUUAACCGUGUGUGUGCGUAUUUGCCUUCUAUAUAAUCCAGUCUGUUAUGUUUUCUCUUGGGAUAGAUGGGGACUCUGCAGUCUCUUCUCCCUGUCAGAGUCCCUCCUACCAAGAUGGUGCUCCCUGGUCUAGCUCAGCAUGAGGAGGUAGUAAACAGCUCCAUUGGCCAUGUGUCUUCUUUGGUUUAGUGCAGCAUUUGGUCGAAUGUUACUUACCAGGAACAUGUAUGCCACAUCUCUAGAAAGAAGAAAAACAUCUAGUUCAAAUCCUGUUGUAUAUGUUUGAUUUUUUUAAAAUUAACUCUUAAAUUCAGAGUAAAAAGCAUCUGUGUUGACGUUUCA